AUGUUCUCUACCAGCAACAACUCCUCUUACGAGACGCUCUCGUCAACCAUGUCCAAGAACUACUUGAUGAAGUCCUCUUCUUCGACCACAAGUACCAAGGUCAGUCUUGCGUUUCGUCGAGUCGAAAAGAAGGGCUUUAGCAACUGACCCAUCGCGCUUCGCCUUCUCCGUCGAUCAGGCACCCAAAUCCUCCUCGAUGAUGCGACGUGUCCUUAAGGCUCUUAAAGAGCCUUUAGUUGAGGACCCGGCCACAAAACACAUGUCUGGUCUAGACCAGCUCAACCACCUUCGCGGCGUCGCCGGUCCUCCUCAGGUCAAGGUGAGUCACCACGCAUCGGUUUGGGACGGGGAUACUCGAGACUUUGUACUCAUUCUCUGCUACCUUUGA